AUUGCAUGGUAUAAGUACAAAGCUUCAAGUGAUAAGCUAUUGAGAGAAAGAGUGUAAGAAUGGGAAAUGUGGGAGAGAUCGAAGAGAUGCAAUGGCUGUCGUCUUCAACGUCAGAUUCCGACACCACACUGCCUUUGUUGUCUCUCAACCAUGUCUCAUUUGUUUGCAAAUCAGUGAGCAGAUCCGUGAGGUUUUACGAGCAAGUUCUGGGAUUUGUUCUCAUCAAACGCCCUUCCUCUUUCAAGUUUGAAGGAGCUUGGUUGUUCAGCUAUGGAAUAGGCAUCCAUUUGCUGGAAUCGGAAAGCGUUCCAGCAAAGAAAGAGAAGAUAAACCCCAAAGACAACCAUAUAUCGUUCCAAUGCUCGGACAUGAAGCAGGUGGUGCGGAAGUUGGAAGAGAUGGGGAUCGAGUACGUGACGGCGGUGGUGGAAGAAGGUGGAAUCCAAGUGGACCAGUUGUUCUUCCAUGAUCCCGAUGGCUACAUGGUCGAGAUUUGCAACUGCCAAAACCUACCCGUUCUUCCGCUUUCAGCUUGCCCUCUCAAGCUACCCAAUUCUACCGCCAACAACAAACCUGUUUCUUCCUUUUAUGGAAAGGGGAGCAGGGAGACAAAGUGUUCGGGAAUGGCGAAUCUGAUGAUGGAAAACUUGGUGGUCGACUUGUUCGACAUAUCAAUUUGACAUGCAAUUUUGCUGCCCCAAAUGUGCAUUUGGAGAAGGAUAUGUUUUUGUUCGAGCCAUGCUCUCUAUAUCGUGUAGAAGGUUAAGUUGGAAAAGGGGAUUGCAUUGGUUCUCUGUCUUAGUUCAAUUCGUGAUUAUUUUGUGCUUCAAUUGGUUGUAUUUUAUCAACAUUGUUAAUAAAUGUCGAAUGUGAAUUCUUCUCCUUCC